AUGACGGCGAACCCCACUGCCAUAAAUGUCAAUGACCCGGGCUUGAUCACCCUCGUCAACAAGCUCCAGGAUGUCUUCACCACCGUCGGCGUCCAAAACCCCAUAGAUCUGCCCCAGAUUGCCGUUGUCGGUUCCCAAUCCAGCGGAAAGAGUUCAGUGCUAGAAAACAUAGUCGGCAGAGAUUUCUUGCCUCGAGGUACCGGUAUUGUUACGCGCCGUCCGCUCAUCCUCCAGCUCAUCAACCGCGCCUCCACAUCCAAGACACCCAAUGGAACCAGCGAGUCUGUCGAGGGCACCACCGAUAGCCAGUCCAACGUCGACGAGUGGGGCGAGUUUCUGCACAUUCCCGGCCAGAAGUUCCACGACUUCAAUAAGAUUAGAGAGGAGAUUGUACGGGAGACGGAGGCGAAGACCGGACGCAAUGCUGGCAUCUCCCCGGCUCCUAUUAACCUGCGCAUAUACUCGCCAAACGUGCUCACGCUCACGCUGGUCGAUUUGCCUGGUCUGACGAAGGUGCCCAUUGGCGACCAGCCAAGGGAUAUCGAGAGGCAGAUUAGGGAGAUGGUCCUCAAGCAGAUUAGCAAGCCCAAUGCUAUUAUUCUGGCUGUUACUGCCGCCAACACCGACUUGGCCAACUCGGAUGGUUUGAAGCUGGCGCGCGAGGUUGACCCAGAGGGACAGCGUACCAUUGGUGUGCUGACCAAGGUUGACCUGAUGGACGAGGGUACUGACGUCGUCGACAUUCUGGCUGGUCGCAUCAUCCCUCUGCGUCUGGGCUACGUGCCCGUCGUCAACCGUGGGCAGAGGGACAUCGAGAACAAGAAGCCCAUCUCCUACGCCCUGGAGCACGAGAGGCAAUACUUCGAGAACCACAAGGCGUACAGGAACAAGAGCGCGUACUGCGGUACUCCUUACCUAGCGCGCAAGCUUAACUUGAUUUUGAUGAUGCACAUCAAACAGACCCUCCCCGAUAUUAAGGCACGCAUCGCUUCCUCGCUCCAGAAAUACUCGAUCGAACUUGGACAGCUCGGCGACUCGAUACUCGGCAACUCGUCGAACAUCGUCCUGAACAUGAUCACCGAGUUCUCGAACGAAUACCGGUCUGUGCUGGAGGGUAACAACCAGGAGCUAUCCAGCAUUGAGCUGUCUGGCGGCGCUCGUAUCAGCUUCGUCUACCACGAGCUGUACUCCAACGGUGUCAAGGCCGUAGAUCCGUUCGAUCAGGUCAAGGAUAUCGAUAUUAGGACUGUCCUGUACAACUCGUCUGGCUCGGCACCUGCGCUCUUCGUUGGCACCACGGCUUUCGAGUUGAUCGUCAAGCAGCAGAUCAAGAGGCUGGAAGACCCUAGCUUGAAGUGCGUUUCGCUCGUCUACGACGAACUCAUCCGCAUUCUUGGCCAGCUUCUUGCCAAGCCCAUGUUCAGGAGGUAUCCGGCUCUGAAGGAGAAGUUCCACGCGGUUGCGGUCCACUUCUUCAAGAAGGCCAUGGAGCCUACCAACAAGCUUGUCAAGGACUUGGUCGCCAUGGAGGCUUGCUACAUCAACACUGGCCACCCCGACUUCAUCAACGGCUCCAGGGCCAUGGCCAUCGUGCACGAGCGCCACAACGCAUCGAAGCCCACCCAGGUCGACCCCAAGACCGGCAAGCCCCUGCCGCCCAGCGCCAUUCCCCCGAGAUCGGCCAGCCCGUCGAUCGACGGAGACAGCAACAGCGGUUUCUUCGGCAGCUUCUUUGCCAGCAAAAACAAGAAGAAGAUGGCGGCCAUGGAGGCGCCGCCGCCGCAGCUCAAGGCCAGCGGCACUCUUUCGGAGAAGGAGGCGCAGGAGGUCGAGGUCAUCAAGCUGCUCAUCAGCUCGUACUUCAACAUUGUGAAGAGGACCAUGAUCGACAUGGUCCCCAAGGCCAUCAUGUUGAACCUCGUGACAUACACGAAGGACGAGAUGCAGCGCGAGUUCCUCGAGAUGAUGUACCGCACGGAGGAGCUGGACGACUUGCUCAAGGAGAGCGAGUACACGGUCCGCAGGAGGAAGGAGUGCCAGCAGAUGGUGGAGUCGCUAACGCGCGCGCAAGAGAUCGUCAACCAGGUGCAGUAG